AUGGUAAAAAAGCCAAGUGGGAAAUGGAGGAUAUGUGUGGACUAUACCGACCUCAAUAAGGUCUGCCCAAAAGACUCAUACCCCAUGCCAAGCAUUGACCAGUUAGUUAACAAUUCGUCAGGAUUUCAGCUGUUAUCGUUUAUGGACGCGUACUCAGGGUACAACCAAAUUCCGCUACACCCCGAGGACCAUGAGAAAACCGCAUUCAUCACCGAGAAGGGAAACUUUUGUUACAAAGUCAUGCCUUUCGGUCUCAAAAAUGCAGGGGCGACAUAUCAGCGGAUGAUGAACCGCGUUUUUCAAGGGCAGAUCGGAAGAAACCUUGAGGUAUACAUCGACGACAUGAUAGUUAAGUCGUUGCAAAUGUCUGCUCAUAUAAACGACCUCAGGGAAACUUUUGAGCAGCUGAGAGCUCACAGGAUCAGGCUGAACCCGGCGAAAUGCGCUUUUGGGGUACCAGCUGGAAAGUUCCUGGGCUUCAUGCUUACCAACCGGGGAAUAGAAGUGAACCCCGACAAGUGUAGGGCCGUGCUCGAAAUGAAGCAGCCCGAAAGUAAAAAAGAAAUUCAACAGCUCACUGGACGCCUUGCGGCUCUAACCAGAUUCUUGCCCAAAUCGGCGGAAAAGGCUUUGCCUUUCUUCAAGCUUCUCAAAAAGGAAGCCGAAUUCGGAUGGGGAGAAGAAUGCAAGAACGCAUUCGAAAAUAUUAAAAGUUGCCUGGCCACUCCUCCCGUACUGACCAAACCAGAACCUGGGGAAACGCUGAUCUUAUACUUAUCAGUCGGGGAAGAGGCCGUCAGUGCCGCCUUGGUACGAGAAAAUGACAAAUCACAACAGCCGAUCUACUUUGUGGGUCGGGCCUUGCAAGGGCCCGAGCUUCGUUACCAGAAGCUCGAGAAAGUCGCAUUCGCACUACUUACCACGGCGAGGAGGCUCCGACCUUACUUUCAGAGUCACCGAGUUAUUGUGCGUACGAAUCAGCCCAUCAGGCAAGUCCUCCACAAACCGGACCUCGCUGGCAGAAUGAUAAACUGGGCAGUCGAACUCUCAGAGUUCGACAUUGCAUAUGAGCCCAGGCAGGCGAUAAAGUCCCAAGCGCUGGCCGACUUCAUCCUGGAGCUAACCCCAUCCAAUGAAAAGGAAAAAGGAAAUGAUGAUUUCUGGACAAUACACGUGGAUGGGUCGUCCAACUCCAAAGGAAGCGGAGCCGGGGUAAUCAUUGAGACCCCGGAAGGAGUGUCCAUCGAGCAUUCACUUCACCUGGCCUUCCCGACUUCUAAUAACCAGGCUGAAUACGAGGCAUUUAUUGCCGGAAUCAUACAAGCAAGAGAGCAUGGAGCCAGAAAAAUCAAAAUAAUGAGUGAUUCGCAGCUGAUUACCUCACAAGUUGAGGGAAAAUAUCAAGCCAAGGGUCCUCUCAUGAUGAAGUAUCUCCACCAGGUCAGGGAACUGCUAGCCGAUUUUGACGAGGUGAUAAUUCAAUACAUACCUCGGAACGAAAACAAUCGGGCCGACAUCUUAUCCAAACUUGCCAGCUCAAAGGGCCCAGGAAAUCAUCGCACCGUGAUACAGCAGAGCAUUUUGGAGCCGACGUGUGUGAUGGUGAUUACCGAGACUGAGGAUUGGAGAGGACCCAUAGUGGCCUACCUGGAAAAAGGAAUCCAGCCAGACGAAACGCAAGAGGCCAGAAAACUCGUGAGGAAUGCGGCCUGCUUCACCAUAAUAGAAGGGCAACUCUACAAGAAGGGUUUUUACACGCCCAUGCUAAAGUGCCUAGGCAGAAGCGAGGUCGAAUACGUGCCGGCCGAGAUUCAUGAGGGCAUAAACGGGCAUCACAUGGGAGGAAAAGCCCUGGCCAGAAAGGCAUUGAGGGCAGGAUACUAUUGGCCAACUAUGGAGGCAGACGCGAAGGAGCACGUCAAAAAGUGCGAACAAUGUCAGAAGCACGCGCUGAUCCUCCGUGCUCCCCCAGAAGAGCUGCAAAGUAUCACGGCUCCGUGGCCGUUCUUCAAAUGGGGGAUGGAUCUACUAGGACCCUUCACUGCAGCGGAGGGUCAACUCAAGUGGCUGAUAGUAGCUGUCGAUUACUUCACCAAGUGGAUCGAGGCCGAACCCCUCACCACCAUUACCUCGGCAAGGAUACGGAGAUUCUUUCAGAGAAACCUAAUAAGCCGAUUUGGGCUUCCUGCCGAGAUAAUAACAGACAACGGAACGCAGUUUGCUGACAAAAAGUUCCAAGAGUUGAUGACCGACCUCAAAAUCACACACCGGUUUGCAUCAGUCGAACACCCUCAAACUAAUGGACAGGCCGAGUCUGCCAACAAGGUGAUCAUCAAUGGGCUGAAGAAAAGGCUUUUUCAGGCCAAAGGCAAUUGGGUUCAGCAGCUACACCUCGUCCUCUGGGGUUACAGGACGAGUGUUCAGUCUGCUACGGGAGAAACUCCCUUCAAGCUAACAUAUGGGUGCGAGGCCAUGAUCCCGGUGGAAAUCGGCGAGCCAUCCUGGAGGACGAACCAGAGGCUGCAAGGAACCGAAAGCCAAAACAAGGAAGCACUCCUUGUAGAACUCGACCUGCUGGACGAGUGCAGGGAGAACGCCAGAUACAAAAACAUGAUGGCCAAGCGUUUGAUAACGGCCAGGUUCAACAAAAAGGUCAGACCUCGGUCGUUUCAGGGUGGCGACUUGGUACUGCGUAGAGCCGACAUAGGCAACAAGAAUGCGAAAGAUGGAAAGCUUGCCGCAAACUGGGAAGGCCCCUAUAGGAUCAAGAAUGAUCUAGGAAAGGGAGCCUACACCUUGGAAACUAUCUCCAAAAAACCAGUAAAAAGGACUUGGAACGCGGACAAGUUGAAGAUCUACUACAGCUAG